CCGUCGAUUACAGCAUCAAAACAUUGACCAUCAGAAAGUCGUGCUUUCCCUGAUCGCGGAAAAGAAACCUCAAUUUACCGGUGAAAAAUUGUGCAAAAUGAAUAAAAUUGCGGUGAAUUUGUUGCUGAAAGGUGCCAGCUUUAGGAUUCCUCAACAGUCGUACCAUGUGCUGCGGAGAAAUUACAGUUUCAAAAGUGAUUUGUCGCUCGAUAAAAUUUACCCCUCCAGUAACUUACGAUUGUACACUCCGCCUCCGCCGUCCGCCACCGGGGAUAAAUUUACCGGAUUCAUUCCAUUAGACAAAUUAGAUAUCACUCACAGCCGCAGCAGUGGCCCCGGAGGACAGAACGUCAACACUGUCAGUACCAAAGUCGACAUUCGAUUCCACUUGGAAUCGGCCACUUGGUUGCCGGAAACCACCCGUAAACGAUUAGCUGAAUUGCACAAAAACCGCAUCACCAAGGAUGGUUACCUGUUUGUGCGCAGUGAACUCACCCGCUCCCAGCAGAUGAACACGGCCGAUGCGCUGGAAAAGCUACGGAACUUUAUUCGCCAAGCGGAAGCCCCAGUCGGAGUUGAGCUGGCACCGGAAACGCAGGAAAUGUUACGUCGAAGGCACGAGAAGGCCACCCGUGAACGGCUGGCCAUUAAACGGUCCCGCUCGCAAACCAAAGCGGACCGCCGAGAACCGUCGUUGUAAAUGUUGUUGGAUGAAAAAUGGGGAAAAGAGUAGAAUAAAACAGCAAUCACUGA